CUUUACUUCUCAGAGGAAAAACUGUUUCAUUCUACUGGAUCCAGAGGAUAGCAAAUUGUUUACACUGUAGAAGUCUUUAAGGGUCUCCCUGACCUUUAAGAAGAACCCUCAGAAGAACAGACUUCUAGAGAUGUACUUAUACAAAGCGACUUGCUCAGAAAUCCCCAACGUGAAGCCCAAAGGAAUUCAAAAGGCGAGCGGAGACAGAGUGCAGACCCGUACCAGCAGGGCCAACUCAGUGGACAAGGCUUAUCCGUUCAUGUGCUGGGGUGGACUGAGGACUAACACACACCUAGAGCUUAAACAACUGGAGGAGUUCCUCAAUACGCAUGCAAUCUCGCUUCAGGAUACGGUACCAGCUGUAACUGGCAUGGUGUACAGGAAUCUUGGGAAGUCUGGAUUACGAGUGUCAUGUCUUGGUCUUGGAACCUGGGUGACUUUUGGAGGUCAGAUAUCUGAUGAGGUAGCAGAGCAGCUGAUGACCAUAGCCUACGAGAGCGGCGUGAACCUGUUCGACACGGCCGAGGUCUAUGCCGCAGGAAAAGCUGAAGUCAUCCUGGGAAACAUUAUCAAGAAGAAGUGCUGGAGGAGAUCCAGUUUAGUGAUUACGACUAAGCUCUACUGGGGAGGAAAAGCUGAGACUGAAAGAGGUCUGUCCAGGAAACAUAUAAUAGAAGGUCUGAAAGGCUCCCUACAGAGACUGCAGCUGGAAUAUGUAGACGUUGUCUUCGCCAACCGUCCGGACAGCAACACGCCAAUGGAGGAGAUCGUGAGGGCGAUGACCCACGUGAUCAACCAGGGGAUGGCGAUGUACUGGGGGACGUCCAGAUGGACAGCCAUGGAGAUUAUGGAAGCGUACUCCGUGGCGAGGCAGUUUAACCUGAUCCCGCCGGUGUGUGAACAGGCCGAGUAUCACCUCUUUCAGAGGGAGAAAGUGGAGGUGCAGCUUCCUGAGCUCUACCACAAGAUAGGUGUAGGAGCCAUGACAUGGUCCCCUCUUGCCUGCGGCAUCAUCACCGGAAAAUAUGAAAACGGCAUCCCAGAAUCCUCUAGGGCGUCAAUGAAGUCGUACCAGUGGCUAAAGGAGAAGAUCAUGAGUGAGGACGGCAGGAAGCAGCAGGCUAAGCUGAAGGAGUUGGGUCACAUAGCCGAGAAGCUCGGCUGCACGCUGCCACAGCUGGCUGUGGCCUGGUGCCUGAGGAACGAAGGAGUGAGUUCGGUUCUCUUAGGAACAUCCAACCCAGAACAGUUAACGGAAAACCUGGGAGCCAUUCAGGUUCUACCCAAGAUGACGUCCCAUAUAGUGACGGAAAUCGACCACAUACUGGGAAACCGGCCGUACACUAAGAAGGACUAUCGCUCGUAGGGGUUUGGAUCUGGGUGUGUUCUUCUUCCUGAUCUGAACACCUCUCUCCUCCUCCUCCUUCACCUCCUCCUCCACCUUUAAGUGGGGUUUGCUCUAUCAUAGGAGUCUGGUUGAGGGCCCCGCCUCGCCUCGCUCGUGUCCUGUUCGUGCAUGCCCCCUUCCUCUUACCAACUCAACAGCUACGCAUCACCAUGGCGAACGACAACUGGUGAAAAACUCGCAAAUCACAAAUCGUCAUGUAGCAAAAGAGCGUCAUGCUCCGACAACCACACUACUGACGCCCUAUUCGGAAGUUUCCUGACCCUGACAUGAGCCAGGGGACGUCCUGGGGACAGUGGAGACGGUAGAGACGGGAGGUGUGGAGCAUGUCUCACUCUGCUGUUCGAACGGGAGAACUGCAGCCUUGCUUCUGAUGAAAUAAAGCGAAACGGAACGAGGCGUCCCGUAUCACGUUGCAUCCAUGAUUAGUGAAAGCCUGCAUUAGUAAUUGCAUCUGAUUAAAGAAAGCCUUUGUUUUUGUUUUUGUUUUUUUUAUAUAUUAGUGUAACACUGAUCACAUUGCGCUUAUGGCAGAAAACUGUAUGGCUUCUGAGCUAUAAAAAUUAGUGCAAGAACAAAGCUGGACAAACAAAACAAAAAAAAAAUAACCGGCUGCUAAUCAGGACAUUGUUUUCAGCUUAUAGAUAUUAAAUUAUAAUCUAGAUAUAUAACACUGUAGAAUCUUAAAUAUAUAGAUAUAGAUUAUAGCACUGUCGCCUUGCACCUCUAGGUUCGAUUCCCGGCCAGGCUCGAUUCCCGUCUCUGUGUGCAUGGAGUUUGCAUGUUCUCCCAGUGCUUGGUGGGUUUCCUCCGGGUACUCCGGUUUCCUCCCAAAGAUUAGGUUGGUUAGGUUAACUGACGUUUCCAAAAUGCCCAUAUUGUGUGAAUGAGUGUGUGAGUGUGUGUGUGCCCUGUGAUGGAUUGACACC